UGCAAUUCUUCUGUAGAAUAUUGAAGACAAAUUGUUCUCAUGGCCAUUGCAUUGAAAUCACAUUGCUUGUUGCAAUUGAAGAAACCUGAAACCGGUUUUCGGGUCGGUGUUUCCUCCAAGAAUGCUACAAUAAUCUCAAUUAAAAGAUACACUUCGGUGUCUGCUAGUGCUACCAGGAGUAUUGAAGCGAUUAGCAUCUCAGAAACAUUCAACAAUCUGAAGAAACAAGGAAAAGUGGCAUUGAUCCCAUACAUCACAGCUGGUGAUCCUGAUCUUUCAACCACAGCAGAAGCACUGAAAGUUCUUGAUUCAUGUGGAUCUGACAUUAUUGAGCUUGGUGUUCCAUACUCGGAUCCUUUGGCAGAUGGUCCUGUUAUCCAGGCUGCUUCUACAAGAUCUUUGGCAAGGGGGACAGAUUUUGAUUCAAUUAUUUACAUGUUGAAGGAGGUUGUUCCAGAAUUAUCUACUCCAGUUGCUUUGUUUACUUAUUACAAUCCAAUACUGAAGCGUGGUACUGAGAGAUUUAUGUCCAUUAUAAGAGACACCGGUGUUCAUGGGCUUGUAGUCCCCGAUGUUCCUCUGGAGGAGUCAGAAUUUUUAAGGACCGAAGCUAAGAAAAAUGGAAUUGAACUGGUACUCCUCACAACACCCACCACUCCGACAAACCGAAUGAAAGACAUUGUUGAUGGUGCAGAAGGAUUUGUCUAUUUGGUAAGCUCUUUGGGGGUCACUGGAACCCGAGCAUCAGUUAGUGAUAAAGUUCAGGCACUUCUGCGGGAAAUCAAAGAGGCAACAACGAAGCCAGUGGCAGUUGGCUUCGGGAUAUCAACAGCUGAGCAGGUGAAACAGGUAGCUGGAUGGGGAGCUGAUGGUGUAAUUGUUGGGAGUGCUAUGGUGAGGUUGCUUGGUGAGGCCAAAUCUCCUCAAGAGGGAUUGAAAGAACUUGAAAAUUUCACCCGCUCCUUAAGAUCAGCACUUGAUUGAAAUUAUGUUUGGAAGAGCACAAAAUCCUAUUAGUUGUUUUCACAAAUAAGGAUUGAAUAAAGAUUGUCUUUAAUAUUUUCAAUACAACCGUGAUGUAAUAUGUUCAAGUUUUUGUUCGUUUUCAAUUGUGACAGACAGGAUAUUUUCGUUACCGAAAUAAAUGUUCAAUGUUAGAUGUA